GCACGCACACACACACACAUAGACCUCUCUGGAUUUCUUUGCCUUGAGUCUCCCGGGGCUGUGAGGAGCUAGGCGCAUCUCAAACCGAGCUGGCAGCUCCAGGCUCCGGAGCCAUGCCCUGCACGGACCCUCAUCUUUACCAAGCUCCUGAGGAAUGAAAGGAACCCAGGGAUCCUCAGAAGGCAGCAGUGAUGUGGACCAACCCCCUGGAGCCUGCACCCUUCCAAGGGCCAUAGGCGACCCAGGGAACCGGAGAGAGCUCCAGACAGGAAACCCCAGCUUUCCUAAAGUCUCUGUGGAUGCUGACAAAAGGAGACCCGAAUUUUUGGAAGAGCCUGCCCUAGGUUACCCAGCUGCAGAGUGAUUUUUCCCUCUGGCAUUGAACCUACCCCUCCAACCCCCAGCCAUCCAGAGUACCAUGAAGAAUUAUGAGGAUGUGUGACAGAGGUAUCCAGAUGUUGAUCACCACUGUGGGAGCCUUCGCAGCUUUUAGUUUAAUGACCAUUGCAGUGGGCACGGACUACUGGUUAUAUUCCAGAGGUGUGUGCAGGACUAAAUCUACAAGUGAUAAUGAAACCAGCAGGAAGAAUGAAGAAGUAAUGACCCAUUCGGGGCUGUGGAGGACCUGCUGCCUAGAAGGGGCUUUCCGAGGAGUGUGCAAGAAAAUCGAUCACUUCCCCGAAGAUGCUGACUAUGAACAAGACACAGCGGAGUAUCUCCUGCGGGCCGUGAGGGCCUCUAGUGUCUUCCCCAUCCUCAGCGUCACGCUGCUGUUCUUUGGCGGGCUCUGCGUGGCAGCCAGCGAGUUCCACCGAAGCAGACACAAUGUCAUCCUCAGCGCGGGCAUCUUUUUCGUUUCUGCAGGGUUAAGCAACAUCAUCGGCAUCAUAGUUUAUAUAUCAGCCAAUGCCGGAGACCCCGGGCAGCGUGACUCCAAAAAAAGCUACUCCUAUGGCUGGUCCUUUUAUUUCGGGGCCUUCUCUUUCAUCAUUGCAGAAAUUGUGGGAGUUGUUGCUGUGCACAUCUACAUAGAAAAACAUCAGCAGCUACGUGCCAAAUCCCACUCAGAGCUCCUGAAGAAAUCUACCUUCGCUCGCCUUCCACCCUACAGGUAUAGAUUCAGGAGGCGGUCAAGUUCUCGCUCCACGGAGCCCAGAUCCCGAGACCUGUCCCCCAUCAGCAAAGGCUUCCACACCAUCCCUUCCACUGACAUCUCCAUGUUCACCCUCUCCCGGGACCCCUCAAAGAUCACCAUGGGGACCCUCCUCAAUUCCGACCGGGACCACGCUUUUCUACAGUUCCACAAUUCCACGCCCAAAGAGUUCAAAGAGUCGCUGCAUAAUAAUCCGGCCAACAGGCGCACCACGCCCGUCUGA